GUAUUUUGAACGAGUAUACUCAAGGUCUUUUAUAAGAGCAACGCACAUAAAUCCUUUGGUUUUGCAUCAAAAUUGCUCAGUAUUGUUUGAAACAUCCUAAAGAGAGAAAAUUAAAUCUUAAAAUUAUGGAGAGCGAGAACGAUAUCCAAUUCUAUUAUCAGUACGUUCUGCAAUUAGUAAAGGAGGCAGGCCAAGUUCUUUUAGAAGCACGAGAUAUAAAUAUAGAGACAAAGGAUAAUAAAACUUGGGAUUUAGUAACGCAGUACGAUCGAAAAAUCGAGGAUAUUUUAAUUAAACAAAUAAAAAAUAAGUUUCCCGAUCACAAAUUUAUUGGCGAAGAAGAAUGCUCGAUUGCUGGUAGGAAACCAAUAUUAACAGAUGACCCAACAUGGAUUAUAGAUCCAAUCGAUGGAACAGCAAAUUUUGUUCGUAGUUUUCCAAUAACAUGUAUUUCAGUAGGUUUAACUAUAAACAAAAUUCAAACCAUUGGAAUUAUUUUCAAUCCAUACAUGAACGAAUUAUUCACAGCAAUUAAAGGAAAAGGAGCGUAUUUGAAUGGAAGAAGAAUAUCUACCAGUCAACAAUCUGAAAUAAGCAAAUCUGUUAUGAACUACGAAUUAUCUCUGGCUAAAAACCAUGAACUAAGAGAACUUUAUAUGAAGAGAUUUAAGAAUUUGAUGACAGCAAUUCAGGGAAUACGAAGUUUAGGUUGCGCCGCAUUGGGUUUAUGCUAUGUCGCCUUAGGAACAACAGAUAUAUAUCAGUGCGAUGGUUUACAACCAUGGGAUGCUGCUGCUGGUGUUUUGAUUGUUAGAGAAGCAGGAGGAUAUGUCUGUGAUUCUAGCAAAACAUUUUUGGGCCAAGAAUUUGACUUGAUGAAUCCAAAUUUUCUUGCAGCUUCUACGAAAAAAUUGGCAAUGCAAGUUAUCGAUAUAGAAAGAUUAGCUGAUAAUAAAUAAUUGUUUGUAUUAUAUAAAAUAUUAUUACAAUUAUUUGUAGUAUGGACAAAUGUCUAUUAUUUGGGUUAUCAAAAGUAUUGUAGGAAAGUAGUGAAUAAUAUGAUCAU